GUCUGUGUGUACGUGUGUGUGUGUUCUUGUAUACAAUCUCAUUUUACCUUCCCUUUACAUUGAAAGGAUAUUUGAGCAUUUAAGUAAUGCGAAUAGAGCGAGGAAGAAUAGAUAGAAAAAUGCAAGACACGCGACUCGAGACACGGAGAAAUAACUUGAGCAUUGUAGGACUUGUUUAGACUAUUUUUAUUAAUAUAUCUAACAGCUAUAAAUGUAGGUCAUCGUAUUAGUGUCAACAUCUGCUUACCUUAAUCAUUGAAAAAUUUACCUGUGUUAUUUAUUAACCAACGUGUUUGAACGUCAACCAGUUUUCAAUCGCUCGCUUUUCGAAAUUGUAUCAGAUUGACAUACCAUGUUCGGUUUAUUUGCACCAGUUUUCCCAGCAGAAACCAUCAGCGGUUAUUUUGCUCCAAGAACUAAAACGUAACCAAUUCACAUCUCUAAAUGAAGAGAAAAAACUAUUGAAAUACAGUUGAGUAGUGACAAUGGCAACAUCUACAUCUCCUGGCUUGGACACAUCUACGCCGGAAUUAACUACUACCCCAAAAACUACGGAAUCAAAGCCAUUGGUUGUACCCCUUGUGUUGAGUCUAUGUGUGGUUUUCCUACUACUGUUAGCUGCUGCUUACUUUUUUUGGCGAUGGAAAACAGGCAGAAGAGUAUUUCCUUUUCCCACAACCUGCAAAGCCAGACCUAUAAGGAAAGUAUCCAUAGAAAUUCCUGACUGUGAACUCUAUUCAGAAAUUGUGGAUAGAAAAAAAAUUUCAAUGAAAACUCCAGUCAAUAGCAGCAAAUCGAUUUCCAUCAUAAACGAUAACCAAAAACAUUACAAUACCAAUUUGGCCUUCGUUGGUGAUAAUUCUGAAGAUUAUUUCUCUGAUUUCCAAGCAGACAUUGAUGAUUUUUAUAUAGUACUGGAGAAAGACUCAACAUUGUUCCCUUCGACUAAAGAUUUGAAACUAGAAUUAAUGCAUGACAUUAUGUUGGAUGAUGUAUCUUUGAAAGGUGCCGGUGCCAACGAACACUUUGAUGAGGACUCACCUAAAAAUCAAAACAAUGCCAUGGUUUGAUAUUGAUAAACCAUGUCCAAUCACAGACUUUAUUGGAGAAAAUCCAAAGUUUCAGAUGCAAGCUUAUAGAUACAUAUCCACAUUCCUUUGUACAUACACAAACACACACACACACACGUGUGUGGGUAUGUGUGUAUAUGAAUGUAAUUGAUAUAUAUGGUUGUAAAUAGAUAUGAUUGUGUCCAUUCAGGUGAUUGUAAUGUUAUCAUCAACUUUGAAAGACUAAUAACUUUACUACAUAAACUGAAUGCUUUUUCUCCAUUUUGAUCAUGAAAAUAUGUGUAAAUAUAUAUCUUUAUAUAUAAAAGAGAAGUUGUGUGUCUGUCUCCUACGAUUUAGAUUCCUAACUACUCCCACGUUUUGCGGUGCAGUUUAACCAAAACUGGGUAUCUUAU